AUGACUACCGAAGACUCUAAUAUGGCAGUGCGAUCCUCUUCUCGCGAACGAACAUUAACUGAGAAGGGUUUAGGGUACCACAUUUCUCAGCAGACUAUUAAGUUUCGGUCAGCCAUAUCAGCAUGGAGGGGUAUUGCCAAUAAGUUACAAGUGUCAAUGUCUGAUAACACUGAUAUUUCUGUUAUCCGUGAAGAACGCAAUAAGCUUCAAGAAAAUUUUCAUUCUCUGUCUAGUGUUGAUCUUGAUCUGAAUUUUCUUUCAUCUGGGGAACAAUCACAUUCCACUGAGUUUGUCAAUAUAGAAACUUACCAUCAUGAACUAAUGAGAGACAUUGGGUAUCAGACUUUGUACCUCAGAGUUCUGAUACAGUUUUUUCCCGCCACCAAUCCUUCUCUAGAUAGGACAGCAGACAUCACUAAUACCGACAGUGCACAUAUACCUGUCCAUAAGCCUAUCAUAGCCCCUAUACCAUCUAUUUACCAAGUGGUUCCACCCAAAGGGCCCAGUGAUCAAAGUCUAAUUGAUCUUGCAAAGACGCUUGCAGAACAAGUUUCACUGAAUAGGCUACCUUCACCCGAGCCCGGUGUAUUCUAUGGCGACCCCAUUCAGUAUCCUUCAUGGAAGCUAGCGUUUAAAACUCUCAUAGAGAGUAGGCAAAUUCCUGAUGCUGAGAAAAUCCACUAUUUGAAGAAAUAUAUUGGUGGUCCUGUUAAACUAGUUGUUGAAAACUACACCCUGUUAGCCAGUGAUGAUGCAUAUGAUAGCGCUAGGAAGCUACUAGAUGAAAGGUAUGGGGACCCAUUUAUUGUGUCCAAUGCUUUUAGAUCAAAACUUGACUCCUGGCCAAAGAUAAGUCCCAAGGAUGCCAGUAGCCUUUUAAAAUUUUCAGACUUUUUAAGACAGUGUCUUGCAGCAAUGCAAAGCAUCCCUCAUCUAAGCGUCCUUAAUGACCCUGCUGAGAAUCGUAAGAUGUUAGCCAGGCUUCCAGAAUGGUUAGUCUCCAGAUGGAACCGUGUCGUGGUAGGUCACAAGGAAUCCCAUAACGAGUUUCCUCCCUUUCAGUCAUUUGAAUCCUUCAUUUCAAAGGAAGCCAAAAUUGCUUGUAAUCCAGUCACUUCUGUUCAGUCCAUCAAGGGUGACAUGGGAAAUCAUGGAAGUGAGGUACCUGAGAAACGGAUACGGGCGGAACAGAAACCUUUGCUUAAGGGAAGAUCCUUCUUAACUGGGAUCGAUGAGGGUAAGAAUCCCUCUAAGGGCCAUCCCAGGCGUAAUUUUUCUGAUUUCCAAUGUUUUUUCUGUGAAAGGCCAGGUCAUGAACUCGAUCUUUGUAGAAAAUACCUAGCUAAGACACUUGAGGAACGUAAAUCGUUUGCUCGGGACAAAAACCUCUGCUUUGGUUGUCUUUCUCCUGGUCACCUAUCUAAGGGAUGUAAAAGGAGAAAACAGUGUAAAACCUGUUCCAAAUUCCAUCCUACCUCGCUUCAUGGAGACAAAAGAGGGACCUCUGAUGUCACCAAGGACAAAGGCCAGACUGAUAAACUGGAAGAGACUCAGAAGUCUCAGGCAAUGCUUUCAGAUUCGUCAUGUCUCAAUGGUACUAGUUGUAAUAGUAAAUGUUCUAUGGUAGUCCCCGUAUUUCUUUCUCAGCAUGAUAACCCAAACUUAGAGAGACUGGUCUAUGCCAUGCUAGACACCCAAUCCGACACAACCUUUGUCCUAAAUGACACUUGUGAUGCAUUGGGACUGACUGGCCCAAAGGUAACACUGAUCCUGUCCACUAUGUCUUGCAAGGAUACCAGAGUGGAAAGCGCAAGGAUUGGUGGCCUUGUGGUUCGCGGGUUUGAUAGCUCUGUGAAGAUAUCUUUACCUGAUGCCUUUACUAGAGAGGUUAUACCAGCUAACAGAUCACAUAUCCCUACUCCAGAAAUAGCCAAACACUGGCCACACCUAAAUGGCAUAGCUGAAAGGUUAAUGCCAGUUGCUGAUUGCGAAGUUGGAUUACUCAUAGGAUACAAUUGUGCUCGUGCCUUAAUGCCACGCGAAGUAAUUCCUCCCAUUGAAAGAGGACCAUUCGGUCAACGUACGGAUCUUGGGUGGGGAAUAGUUGGUAUAGUUGAUAAGUUUGCAGACAAUCAGGAUGACUGCAUUGGACUGAGCCAUCGAAUUUGUACCCUUGAAGUGCCACCAGAUCUUGCCCCUAAAACAGGCCAACAUAGUCUGACAAAUGAGGUAGCAUUUUCCUUUAGAACUCGGGUCAAGGUUGCCAGUCCUGUUGAAAUAGCAAAGGCUAUGGAGUUGGAUUUUUGUGAAAAUCAAGUUACUUGUACGUUGAUCUCUCAAGAAGACCAAAGAUUCUUGGAGAAAAUGAAUUCUGAUAUCAAGUUCGUCGAUGGCCAUUAUACAAUGCCCUUACCAUUCAAGGGUGACCCACCAAACUUACCUAACAAUCAAUAUAUGGCUCUCCGUAGGUUAGAAGGUCUUAAAAGGCGUUUACAGCGUGACAGCGACUACCGCAGACUUUAUGAACAGUUUAUGAAUAGCUUGAUUAAAAUGGGUCAUGCUGAAGUUGUGAGUGACUCUGACCUACAAGUUGUCAAUGGCCACGAGUGGUACAUACCCCAUCAUGGUGUUUUUCACCCAAAGAAGCCAGGCAAGCUUCGAGUAGUUUUUGAUUGUAGUGCUGUGUUUAAUGGACAAAGUUUAAACAAUCACCUUCUACAAGGUCCUGACUUAACAAACACCCUUAUUGGAGUCCUCUGUCGCUUUCGCAUGGAAAAGGUUGCAUUUGCGUGCGACAUUGAACAAAUGUUUCAUCAAUUUAGAGUCGCCGAGAAAGAUCGAAACUACUUGAGGUUCUUUUGGUGGUCAGAUAGUAGUAUGAAACAACCUGUAAUGUAUCGUAUGUGUGUUCACCUAUUCGGCGCCAGUUCUUCCCCUGGUUGCGCAAAUUUUGGGUUAAAACAGAUUGCCAAGGACAAUGAACUUGAGUUUGGAGAAGAAGUAGCUAACUUCUUGCGACACAAUUUUUAUGUGGAUGAUGGACUCAAGUCUGUUCCUUCUGUCGAAGAAGCUAUUCGCAUGAUAGAUUCUAGUCAGGCAAUGUGCAAAAGGGGCGGUGUUAGAUUGCACAAAUUCUUAAGCAAUUCUAAGGAAGUUAUAAGUCACGUGUCACCAGAAGACAGGGCUAAUGGACUUGCAGAUUUUGAUAUUCUUACUGAUAGUUUUCAUGUUGAAAGGACAUUGGGCGUUCAAUGGUGUAUCGAGUCUGAUUGCUUUCAGUUCAGAAUAGUCUUGAGUGACAAACCUUUAACCAGAAGAGGAGCUCUGUCCACGGUUAGCUCCGUAUAUGACCCUUUGGGAUUUAUUUCACCAGUUAUCCUUGUAGGCAAGCAGAUACUGCAGCAGCUAUGUGCACAGAAUGCAGACUGGGAUGAUCCAGUUCCUGACAACUUAAAAUCAAAAUGGGAGCAGUGGAGAAAUGAGCUUAACAUUCUUGGUCACUUAGAAUAA